AUGAUUGACAAGUUUUAAGAGGGCAGCACAAAUCAAUUUGAACAUGUGUUUUCAUUGUCUUUCGAACCUAGCUUAAGCUAAGAACAGCCUGGGACUGGCAUUAUUUUGACUCGUACUCUCGGCUAAUAACGUUCUAAACGUAAUAAUAGGUAGCGAAAUGAUGAGUGCAACUCCCAGAAAAUUUAAAGAAAGAUAUUCACUUGAGAGAAUUCAUGAUGUAGAUAUGAUCAGACGUCGUUAUCCAAACAGAAUACCUGUUAUUAUAGAAAAAUUCCAUGGAGAAAAACAUUUACCACUAUUGAGUAGAAUUAAAUUUUUGGUACCAGAUUUUUUAACAGUGGCAGAAUUGGUUAAAAUCAUUAGACGUAGACUCCAGUUACAUCCAUCGCAAGCAUUUUUUUUCUUGGUAAAUGAAAGAAAUAUUGCAAGUGGCAGUAUGACUCUAGGACAACUUUAUCAAAGAGAAAAAGACGUAGAUGGCUUUCUUUAUAUGGUUUUUGCCAGCCAAGAUGUAUUUGGGCAUUAAAUUACAUUAAUUUAGUUUAUAAGUAAUGCCAAGUUUUCUUUGGAAUAUUUUAUGUAUCAAAUAUUUUUAAGACUCUUAGAAAAAUUUUAGAUCUAUUCUGACUACUCUGCCUUUAACUAGAUAUGCGAAAUCUUUGUGAUCAAUUCGAAGUACCUGCCAAAGUAAUUAAUAGAACAAUCAAGAUCAACAUUUGCAUAAAAUUAUUAUGGUGCUUUGGACCUUUAGCACGUAUUUUUCAUAAGUGAGAAUAUAAGAUUAAGUUUAUUGUUAUAAAGCUAUAAUGAACACUCUUUCAUGAUUCUUCAAUAAUUAUAAACAACUAUAACAAUCAUCAAUUUUAGUAAGAAGCAAAAAGAUUAUCUAUGCUUAUUAUUUAGUAUCAUUAAUCUAUAUUUGUUCACUUUUGUAUUCCUCUUAUGUAUUUAAUGGAUUUUAUAUAUGAGAAGAGAACAAUAUUAUAUAAACUAUAUAGUAACAAGUAGUGGCCAGUUAUAUAUGAAAAAUUAUAAAAUAUAUUUACAAACAAAAAUGGAAUCAAAUAUUCUGUAUAUGUUUGUUUGCUGCUGCUAUCUAAAUGUAAGAAGUACUAUAGUUUAUAACUAUAUUCCAAUAUAUAAUAGUUUAUAUAAAUUAAAUUGGUAGUAGAUACAUGCAAUUUAUGGGAAUAAACAGCAAAUGAUUUAAGUUUCUCAAAAUACCUAUAAAUGAAAAUAUCUUCUCCAGUUAAUCUAUCUCUGUCUACAAGAUAUUGAAAUAUUAAUGAAAGUGUUCGUUCAUAUAAUUACACAAUAUAUCAUGUGUAUCAAUAUGUGAUAACAUUAUUACAUUCAUAUCAGUUUUACUAAACAAAUUUGCAUUAUGAAAUUUGAUAUUAUUAUAGUUUCUAACUGUAUAUGUAUAUUUAUAUUAUUAAUAUAUACAUAUAUAUACAGUUAUACACUUAAUAAUAUGAUUAUCUUCUACUAUUUGAUACGUGUAACUUAAAUUAUAUUUUAAAUUUGUAAAAUGAUAAGCACAGUCAUCUCUGAUUUUCAUAGAAAUAAUUGAAAUAAGAAACAAAAGUACCUGGUAUUAUAACUGUGAACGUAAUGAUCAUUGUAUCAAUGAAACAAUUCUAUAAGACUUAAAAAUCCAAUGAUAGUGAAAAUUUUAUUAUUUUUAUUAUAAUAUCGAUAUUAUUUUUAUUGUAACAAAAUAACCUUU